AUGUCGAGCUUUCAGAAGCGAUCUAGUCGAAAUUCAAAAAGUAAAAAGAAUAAAAAACCUUAUUAUAAGAAGCAAAGCAAUACCGCAACCUUUAACCCAGGAAUAUCAGGGGUUUUUGUUAGUUGCACAAAGAAUAAAGAAGAUCUUUGCAUAAGAGAAUGCUACGAUUUGUUUGACGUAUAUGCAGAUUUAAUAUACAAACCUGCCGAUGAGACUGAUGUUGUAGAUGAGGAUGAAGCGAACAAAACAAUAGACGAUGAUAUUGAAAGCGCUAUUGCUAAAGAACUCUCACAAAUGAAACGGCCGCAUACAUCACGUAGAUUUGCUUCAAUUCAAACCGGAACAGAUUGUGUUGUCUUUAUCAAGACCAAUCCUCCCGUAGAUCCUGUUAAACUAGUUCACUAUAUCUUGACUGAUUUAAAUAAUACUAAGCAAAAGAAAACGAGGUUUUGUAAACGGCUUAUCCCAAUCACACAAACUUGCUACGCCAAUAUAAAUGACAUUAAAAAAUUAGCCGAAGUAGUAUUGCAUCCUCACUUUUAUACACAGGAGCAAGAUCAGAAGCAAAAGAUAAAAUACGCUAUAAUUCCAAAUAUCCGAAAUAAUAAUAAAGUGGACAGAAUGGAAUUGAUUCAACAGAUUGCAAGUAUUGUUGGCGAUUAUCAUAUUGUUAAUCUUGAUGAACCGGAUUUGGUUAUCAUCGUUGAAAUUUUUAAGGGCAUGUGCGGGAUGAGCGUUCUUUCUGACUAUAAAACAUUGAAGAAAUAUAAUGUUGAGAGCAUCUUUGAAGAUCAAAAUAAAGAUCAAAAUAAAGAUCAAAACAAAGAGCAAAAUAAUGAUUGA